AUGAAAAUUGAUCACUCCGUGGAGAUCACAGACAGGCAACUCGACCGCUACCAGAGCAAGCCCCAACUAGCGCAGGCGCACGCUUCGCUCGCCGCUUAUUCUGAAAUCUACUUACGCACUGAGAUUGUGACGACGCUUUGCGAUGGAGACACAACGCGACAAUUUAAAGACGUAACUACCGACAAACUUUCUAUUCAUAACUUUAAAUCUUCAAAGCCAAGCUCCGAGUUCAUCGUGUCGUCGACGACCAAGUUCUCCCCAAUCAGCUCGGGCAACGAAACUCUGCAACAAAAGUCGCUUGUUAACACAACCGCUUGCAAUGGGCAUGAUCUCACCCAAAGGGGGAGAAGCAAUCUCUCCCCCAGCACCCGCCUCAGCAGUGCACCGGUCCGUAUUGCCCACCCCCCUGAAGUUCACUUCACUUCG